AUGGAGGGAGAUGGAGGCAUUGAUAACCCGGCUUUCAUCCCAUCCAGCCCCAGCCUUGGUCGUCAUUUACCGGCGUCUCCAGCUGAAGUCGAGGUUUCCGUCCAGACCGGUCCCAGAGAAGAGCUGUCCCAGCCCCCGCCGCCGCCGCGGCCGCCAGCGCAGCUCCCGGAGCUGGAGGAGGGUCCCUGCGGCUGGGGACGCUUCACUCCCGCCUUCCUGCAGCGCUGCAACAACCCCAAAGGCUUUCUGUUUCACUACUGCCUCCUGGCUGUCACCCAAGGUAUUGUAGUAAAUGGCCUAGUAAACAUUAGCAUAUCUACUAUUGAGAAGCGCUAUGAACUGAAGAGUUCCUUGACUGGCCUGGUGUCAUCAAGCUAUGACAUUUCAUUCUGUUUAUUGUCAUUAUUUGUAUCAUUCUUUGGAGAAAGAGGGCAUAAACCAAGAUGGCUUGCUUUUGCAUCCUUUAUGAUGGGACUAGGAUCUCUUGUAUUUUCUUUGCCACAUUUCACAAGUGGAGAAUAUCAUUUUGGGUCUAAAUUUGAAGAUACAUGCCCAGCAACAGGAAAUAUUAGCAGUUGCAUGGAUGCCUCCUCCAAGCUUUCAAGCUACCUUUAUGUGUUCAUCUUGGGACAGCUAUUGCUGGGAGUAGGAGGAACUCCUCUUUACACACUAGGAACAGCUUUUAUUGAUGACAGUGUUCCUACGCAUAAGUCAUCUCUCUAUAUAGGAAUUGGAUUUUCUAUGUCAGUCCUAGGCCCUGCCAUUGGAUACGUGUUGGGAGGACAGCUGCUAAAAAUCUAUAUAGAUGCUGAUAUGGGGAAAAGAACUUUUAUUACUGAAGAUGAUCCACGCUGGCUGGGUGCAUGGUGGAUUGGGUUUAUUUUGUCCUGGUUCCUGUCAUGGUCUUUGAUUGUACCUUUUUCUUGCUUUCCAAAGCAUUUGCCAGGCACAGCAGAAAUACAGGCUGGAAAAAUUUCUCAGGCCCAUCAGAAUGAAAGUGCCAUACAGACUCCAGACAAGAAUUUUGGGAAAAGUAUUAAAGAUUUUCCAGCUGCUCUUCAGAUUUUGCUGAGAAAUCCUGUUUUCAUGUGUUUAGCUCUGUCUACUUCUACAGAAGCUUUAAUUACUACUGGCUUUGCUACAUUUUUGCCUAAAUUUAUAGAAAAUCAAUUUGGAUUGUCAUCUAGCUUUGCGGCUACACUUGGAGGGGUUGUUUUAAUUCCAGGAGCAGCUCUGGGGCAAGUUUUAGGUGGUGUCAUUGUGUCCAAAUUCAAAAUGGCUUGCAAAAACAUUAUGAAGUUUUCAUUGCUGAUGUCUGUGCUAUCUCUUGUAUUGAGUUUCAUAUUUAUUUUUGCUAAAUGUGGAAAUGAGCCAUUUGCUGGUGUCUCUGAAGCAUAUAAUGGGACAGGAGAGCUGGGAAAUUUGACGGCUCCUUGCAAUGUUAAUUGUAACUGCUUGGAUUCCUUUUACUAUCCUGUUUGUGGAAGAGAUGGCAUCCAGUAUUUUUCUCCCUGCAUUGCUGGCUGCAAAAAUUCAGUACCCCAAAGCCAGCCAAAGGUAAAUUAUUUUUAUGACUUUGCUACAGAAAGAGAUAUUUGGAGUCCUAAAAAAUAUUACUUCAAUGACCCUGUGACAGAAAUUGGUGUAUUUGAGGGUUUUGGUUGUAAAGCAUUAACUAUCCUCUUCAAUGCCCUUGCGAUCUUCUUAUAUAAGCCUCCUUCAGCUGGCACAAAUGUCACAUUCCAGAGUGAGAACAUAGUCGUGGCUUCUGUCCCAGUAGAACCUGAUCACAGCAAAGUAAGACAUGAUGGAUAA